AUGGUGAGUCUUUUGCAGGGUCUCAUUGAGGCCAUCCACGCCUCACCCGUGCGGUGCGUCUUGUACGUCGCGGGCGCGGGGAGUUCAGCUAUCGCCCAACUCACCGGCGUCGCGGGGUGCUCGCAGACGCUUCUGGAGGCCCGUGUGCCUUACGCUGCUAUCACUACCUUUCGCAUGUUGGAUGAUCGGCCGUCAAGGUUGGUUGCGGCGCCGGUGGCGCGCCAGCUGGCCCAACACGCGUAUCACCGCGCGGUAGAUUACAGUGGCGGGGACGAUGAAACGAUUGUGGGCAUCGGCUCCACGGCCGCUGUGCAGACCAAUCGCAUCAGGCGCGGUAAGGACUGCGCGUUUGUUGCGGUGUGGUGCCAACGGCAUGUGGUGGAGUUUGCCAUGGAGCUACCGAGGCAUCUCCCACGCGCCGAGCAGGAGGGGCAGGUGGCGUUACUACUGCUGAAGGCCCUGGCCGAGUGUGCCAAGGUCCCCUUCGAGAUACCUCUUGAGGUGGAGCCGGCACGGCAGUGCUAUACGGUGCCUGCCUUUCCGCUGCGGUGUUUUUUUCAAGGGGAGACGGCGUUUGUUGUCUUCAACAAGCACGGGGAGGUGCGCGCGGGGCUUAUGCCCUACGUGGCGGAGGCCUCUGUCGCGGCAACAUCCGAAACCUCAGUGCGACAGUUGUUGUUUCCAGGUUCAUUUCAUCCGUUGCAUUGGGGGCAUACAGAGCUGGCGCGAACGGCGGCGCGAACGGUGGCGGGGAUGGUGGAGCCACUAAACAGUGCGAAGAGCCCCACCUCGCCUACAUUAUGCAACAAGCCCGAACCCCGUAGCGUCCGGGUGACGUAUGAGAUCUCGGUGGACAACGCAGACAAGGGCGUCGUAGAGUCGGAGGUGGAGAUUGAGAAGCGGGUACAACAAUUUAGGGAGCAUGGGGCGCGGGUGGCUGUGACACGGGCCCGCCUCUUCAUCGAGAAGGCCAUGUUGUUUCCGGGUUAUGGAUUUAUCGUGGGUAUAGACACCAUGAAGCGUAUUAUUGACCCAAAGUAUUACAACAAUUCAACGGAGGCCAUGCUGCACGCCAUGCAAACUAUUCGGAUGCAGGGCUGCUACUUUGUGGUGGCUGGUCGUGCUUCAGGGAAGGGUGACGCAGUGUGGGAGGACUUAGCAUCCAUUGAUGUGCCAGCGGAACUACGGUCCAUGUUCAUUCCCAUUCAACAAGGUGACUUCCGCGUGGAUGUGAGCUCCACGGCGCUGCGAGAAAAAGGGAGGGGAGUGUAA